CAUGUGCGCCGAUGUAUGUACAUUAUCUAUAGUUGGUUUUUCGCACGGCACAAGCUCGGUACACGAAGAGUCAUUCCUACUUGCCCGUUUCGCUCUUGUGCGUGUAAACAAAAUAAAAGAAGGAAAAAAUUGCAUUUUGAGAAUGAUAUUGAAGUUUAUGCAACUUAAUUCAGUCAUCUUUCGUGCAAGCAAGAACUGAAGCUGUCCUUCGAUUGCUCUGUCAUUUUCAACUAGCAGCAGCGUCAGUCACAAAAUCGGAAACUGCCGAACAUGCGGGUAGAACUACGGUGUGUAGUAUACACGCAACUCACUGCCACUAUAGUCGUUCAGUAGUGACAUGACGUGGACUUACGCGAUCGAACGAAUGAAUUACCAUAAUCAUCAUUUAUAAUAUUUGGAUAAGAGCAGCUGUCAAUGUCUGCUACAAUAUUGUGCACAUUUUGUGAUUGAAGAGGUUAAGGUAUUAUAGGUUGUCAUAAACAGCUGGUUCAAAAUCUACUGCUUGAAACAAGUCUCUGCCUUUAAAUAAAGCACACUAUCAGUGGACUGCAUGCAUGUAAUCGUUGAUGAUCUACUUGAUUUGAUAGCAGAGCGUGUGUGCAUGUGUCACACACUGCAGCUUAGCUACUAUUGAUUGAAGAUAAUAGAGAUAAUACAUGGUAGUAGGAGGAAAGAGGAAGAGUGCAAAAACCAAGAUGCGGAGACGAGCAGAUAGGGAUUAUGAGUACAACCUUAUGGAGGAGGCUGUCGAGCUCGGCGAGCAACAGCCUGUGCCACAGGGCCAAAUUGCUGAACAGAAAAGCAACAUCAAAGGAGAUGAAAAGAAUAUUGCCAUUCUAUUAUUUUUGUAUCUCCUCCAGGGGAUACCCCUUGGAUUAUGCAGUUCCAUUCCCAUGUUGCUGCAAAACCGAGGUGUCUCUUAUCGUCAACAGGCUGAAUUCAGUUUUGUAAUGUGGCCAUUUUCUAUGAAACUACUUUGGGCUCCAAUCGUUGAUGCAGUUUUUAUACCAAAGUUUGGCAGAAGAAAAACUUGGCUUCUACCCAUUCAAUACAUUAUGGGAAUUUUCAUGUUAUAUUUGUCCAAACAUGUAGAUAAUUGGCUAGGAAAAACGGAGGGCCAUGAAUUAAAUAUUGGCUUAUUAACAGUGCUAUUUUUUGCUUUAAAUGUUCUCGCUGCCACCCAAGAUAUUGUCGUGGAUGGCUGGGCUCUUACUAUGUUAAAGAGGUGUAAUGUAGGAUAUGCAUCAACCUGUAAUAGUGUUGGGCAAACAGCUGGCUUUUUCCUUGGCUAUGUAAUUUUGAUGGCUUUUGAAUCACCAGCAUUUUGCAAUGCCUACUUGAGGUCAGUGCCAUCAGAUGAAGGUCUCAUCACACUUCCAGGAUUUCUUUACUUUUGGGGAUGUAUUUUCAUUGUAGCUACAACUUUUAUUGGAAUAUUUAAACGAGAAGAUGCAGAAGCUUGUCCUAAAGAUGAAUCACUUAAUAUCAAAGAAUCAUACCAGAUGUUAUGGUCUACAAUGAAAUUGCCAAACAUAAAAUUGAUAAUAUUAAUUCUCUUGACUUCUAAAAUUGGAUUCUCAGCCAGUGAUGCAGUAACUGGUUUAAAAAUGGUUGAAGCUGGCAUUCCAAAAGAAAAAAUUGCAUUAAUGGCUGUUCCAUUAAUACCAUUACAAAUUCUAUUACCAAUAUUCAUAUCAAAAUACACAGCAGGACCCAAGUCUAUGAAUGUUUUCCUCAAAGCUUUGCCUUACAGGUUGAUUUUUGGUUUAGUGGGCACAUUAUUAGUUUGGGUCACUCCAUAUUUUGUUUCCAAUGGAGAGGUACCCCUUUACUUCUUUGGUAUAAUCAUAGCAUUAUAUCUUCUUCAUCAAGUUUGUGCAAGUUGCAUGUUUGUUGCAGCUAUGGCUUUCUUUGCCAGAAUAAGUGACCCUGCUGUUGGAGGAACUUAUAUGACAUUUUUGAAUACUUUGAGCAAUCUUGGAGGUAAUUGGCCUUCCACAGCAGCUCUAUAUUUUGUAGAUUCUCUAACAAGUAGACAAUGCAGUAAUGAUAUUACAAACAUUUGUGGUUCUGAUGAUCAAAAAGCAGCUUGUGCAUUAACUGGUGGCACAUGUAAAAUAACUCUGGAUGGAUAUUAUAUUGAGAGUAUUUUGUGUGUUAUCAUUGGAUUUGUUUGGCUCAGAUGGGGUAAAAGAAAAAUACAGUAUUUACAAGAUAGACCGUUAUCUACCUGGAAAGUAGUUAGACAAAAAUCAUAGCUCAUUAUUGUCUAGCAUAAGAAAUAAAAUUGUUUAAUUGUUUUAUAUUUGUUUCACAUUUACAAAAUAAUUAAGGUGAAAAUUGGUACGAAUGCAUUUGAUUUAAUACAAGAACAUCUGCUCUUGCAUUGAUUUAAAGAUUGCACAAUCAAUUUUUAUAACAACAUUUUGUAAAGUUAGAAAAUCUUGUAGCACAUUGAACAUUGUCUAAGCUUCCGCUUUUUACGAUAUGAUUUUGUUAUUACGUGAGAUGAUUAUCACCGAAGUUUUUCAGAAUGAAAUAACAAAAGGUUCAUUAUUAAAUAAUUUUAGAAAAUUAAUGCUAUUCUUUAAUGUUAAAAAUUGUAAAAUAGCUUCCGUCAAAUACGUUCCUGGAAGCGUAGGAAAUUGCGAUACAGAUGCAAAAAGAAACCCGCUUCUGUAUUGUGCACUAUUUAAUUAUAAAAGUACACAAAAUUCAACUUUCCAAACGUACAAAAAGUUGAAUUCACUGCACGUGGUACGAAAAAAAUAUUUUUUAAUUUAUUAAUUUUAGGAUUAAUCAGCACUUGAAUAAAAACUGUGAUUGGUGUGCUUGUUGAUGACUUUAGUAUUUAUCGAUUACUUACAUUCAAACAAUAUGUUCAUACUGUAAUUGACGGGAAUAUGGAGUACAAAAUUGUAUUAGUUGAUUUCGAUACUAGAAGUAAUUUGUGCAAAUGACAAGUUAUUGUAAAAAACAAGAUAUCUUACAAAGACUGUUGAAAACGAUUAUUUAUGAAAAAAUGUUGAUUCCAUAUUAAUAUUAGAGUAUUGUAUAUAAUACACAUC